AUGGCGACGUUGUCACGGACCGUGUCUCGAUCGUCUCAGAUUCGAGCCUUGAGAGAGGGGAUGAUGGCCCCUUCAGUAUCACGUCGGUUAUUACCGCGUGCAGCGGUGCAAUUCGCGCGAGGAUACACAGCACAAGCAUCCCUACACAGAUACCGAUACUGGCGCAGACAGGGCUAUCCGACACCAACCUCACUGUCGCCUGCCUGGACCUCCCGACGAGGCUACGCAGAUCUGAAGCCGACGUCCGGCAAAAGCGAGGCAGAUCUGCUGGUGGAGGAGCUGCAGGAGCUAUACGACAACGCCAAAGACGAGUUCGAAAUCGCGACCGAGAGCACCGACGCCGCCACCAUCUACGCCGCGUCUGACCGCGAGUCGGCCCGCGACGCGCUCAACCAUCUGACCCGCGUGUACACGCUGUACACGGAGAUGACGACGUCGUCGGCGCCGGACACGCCGGCCAAGGUGCCCGAGGGCGAGGUCGCCCCGGUUCCGAAAGAACCCGUGGCACAGAACCCGGCGGAGGCCAUCGCCCAGGGCCGGACGGACCCCUUGCUCUCGGGUGAUCCGGCCGCGGGGCCGCCCAUGCAGGGCCAAGCUGAGGGAGUGGUGGGUAUUGCGCCCAACUACAACCCAGAGGAGAUCAAGCCGGAGGUGCGAGAAGAGGUCAAGCGACGGGUGGGACAGCGGAUCCGCGAGCUGCAGAAUGCGGUUGCGGCGUUGGAGGAGCGGGCGCGUUCGCAGGGGUGA